GAAGAACACAACUGGCUCAUGAAUGGUCCGCAGUUCAAAGGUGUGGAAUUACAACAAGAACAAUCUUAUCUUUGAACCUGCUUGGCGGAGGGAUUUCUCCUCACCUCACCCACCUCGGCUCGUACUUUCACUUCCUGGAGAUUGUAGCGUGUGGGAUAGUUAGUGCUCGUAGCCAAGCUCUUCGUGUGAACCCCUGGAGCCCUGAACAUGGCCCUAACUUCUGGAUAUCAGUGUCUGAAAUACCUCAUGUUUGCCUUCAAUGCCUUGUUCUGGCUUGCAGGAACGGCUGUCCUGGGCGUCGGGCUGUGGCUGAGGUUUGACUCCAAAACAAAAGGCUUGUUUGAAGGAGCCGACUCUCCGUACCUCUUCUACACUGGUGUUUACAUCCUGAUAGGAGCUGGAGCUCUGAUGAUGGUGGUGGGUUUCCUGGGUUGUUGUGGAGCCAUUCAGGAGUCUCCCUUCAUGCUGGGACUGUUCUUCUUCUUCCUGCUCAUCUUAUUUGCCGUAGAGGUGGCAGCAGGAAUCUGGGGGUUCUCUAACCAAAGCAAGAUAGUGAAUGACAUAACCUCGUUUUACAUGGAAACAUACGACAACUACAGCAAAGGAGACGAGCGCCUCAAAGAGACACUGCUGGUGAUUCAAACCGGGUUGAGUUGCUGUGGCCCAACUGGAACAGUCCCAGAGUCUGCCAAAGAGACAUGCCCCCCAGGAGAUUUGUUUGAUGAAUUAAUCGCUAAGAGCUGCCUGGACGCCAUCGACGAGGUGUUUGACUCCAAGCUGCACAUCAUUGGAGGCGUGGGCAUCUCCUUAGGCAUCGUCAUGAUGUUUGGGAUGAUCUUCAGCAUGCUCCUCUGCUGCGCCAUCAGGAAGUCCCGGGAGGUGGUGUGAUGAGAACCCCCCCAACCCCCCCACCCCGACAACCCAAUGUGAUCACGACUGCCCCCCCCACCCCCUUCCACCAAGUCCCCGUUAAUGUUGCAUGAUGUCAUCUUUAGGGUCCCAGGACUGCCACUGCCAAUAGGUAGGCUGACGGUUCCGACCUCGCCCAUAUUGAUGUGUCACGUGGCUGUGACCUCGGGGUGGAAAGGGUUAAUGGUUGAUCAAUCAAUCAAUUCAUUGGAGCUGUAUAUUGCCAAAAUGCUCUGACUUACCUUCCUGGACUUGGUACAAUGUGGUUGGUCCAAAUAUAUAUGACGGACAUCAUCCGUGUGAAAUGUGGUACAGAAAUAACACGUCAUUUGUGGUUACUUGAUGAAAAUUUGUUUUGUGAAACGUUAAUAAUCAAAACAAAGCGACAUACAGUCGUAUUGUUUUUCUAAGCAUAUUUAUAUUUACAUUUUAUUGUGGCUCACCCAUGAGCAAGGAGAAUCAAGGCCCAAGGCCAAAAACAAACAGUCAUAACAAAUAUAUAUUUUUGUUAACUCCGCUAUUGACCACAAUUUCAUAAUGUUAGACCCAAUAUACUUUUUUUUUACUCAACUAUAUACAUCCCGUCUUGAUAAUGUCCGGUUGUGAACCGAUAACAGUAGUUUCUUUCCUCGGGAAUAUUAUUAAGUGUCUUGUUUAGGAAUACUUACACACCUCCUUACAAUUUUCCUUACAGCUUAACACUCCAACAUCAUAUUCUCCUCACAAUGGAUCGCCUUUAAGUCUCUGACUCAUUUUGUUUGUUCUUUUUCUUUUAUUUGUGAUAGAUUUGUAAAGAUGUUUAAGGUACCUGCAGUUUGUGGAACACAUGCUUGAUCUUUUAUAAUGUUCUUCGCAUCUCAAAGUGAUGCACUGAUUCAUGCUGUAUGCACUGUAUGAACUGUUUGCGUGUGUGUGUGUGUGUGUGUGUGUGUGUGUGUGUGACAGAGAACCGGUGUGAAAAAGCCAAAUAAACUAAAUCCACCUUC